GUAACUGUGCAAACGAGCUUGUUUACUACUCUUUCCUCCCUCUGCCGAGCGACCCAGUCCCCUCGCUUCCUGGAUCUUCUUCCUCCUCGGCCGAGCGCCGCCACCCAUCCCGCUGCCGAGCGCCCAUCGUCUUCCUCCUCGCGCGAGCGCCUCCAACGCAGUUACGGCAUAAGACGGCAGCGUGCUGUGGCCAUGUCGUCGACGAGGCGACAUUUUGCGAUAUUCACCACCGCGAGCCUUCCAUGGAUGACGGGGACUUCCAUCAACCCGUUGUUCCGGGCAGCUUACCUUGCAAAGGACGGGGAUAGAGAUGUCACCUUGGUGAUCCCCUGGCUUUCUCUGAGGGACCAGGAGUUGGUUUACCCUAACAAGAUCGUGUUUGAUUCGCUUUUAGAGCAUGAGGGCUAUGUGCGUCGAUGGAUCGAGGAGAGAAUCGAUUUCAAGCCAUCAUUUGGUAUCAAAUUCUACCCUGGGAAGUUUUCGAAAGAAAUGAGAAGCAUCCUACCUGUUGGAGAUAUCACAGACUGCAUUCCAGAUGAAGUGGCUGACAUUGCUGUUCUAGAGGAGCCUGAGCAUCUAAAUUGGUACCACCAUGGGCGAAGAUGGAAAAAAAAGUUCAGGCGAGUGAUAGGUGUGGUUCACACAAAUUAUCUAGCAUAUGUGCGAAGAGAAAAAAAUGGGCAGGUUAUUGCCUGCUUCCUCAGAUAUGCGAACACCUGGGUUACCCGAAUUUAUUGCCACAAGAUUAUCAGAUUAUCAGGUGCCACUCAAGAUCUACCCAAAUCUGUUAUAUGCAAUGUCCAUGGUGUGAAUCCAAAGUUUCUUGAGGUAGGCAAGCUAAAGUUGAAGCAACUGCAGACUGGGGAAGCAGCCUUCACAAAAGGGGCAUACUACAUUGGAAAGAUGGUGUGGAGUAAGGGGUACAGGGAGCUUCUUGACCUUCUUUCCAAAUAUCAGACCAGAUUGGGUGGUCUUGAAGUAGAUUUAUAUGGUAGCGGUGAAGAUUCAGAUGAAGUACGAGAAUCUGCUGAACGUUUGAAUUUGGCUGUAAAGGUUCAUCCUGGACGUGAUCAUGCAGAUCCCUUGUUCCAUGAUUAUAAAGUAUUCAUCAACCCCAGCACAACAGAUGUGGUCUGUACGACCUCCGCUGAGGCCCUUGCAAUGGGAAAGAUUGUGAUAUGUGCCAAUCACCCUUCGAAUGAGUUCUUCAAGCAGUUCCCCAACUGCCGUAUCUAUAACAACGAUGAAGAGUUUGUACAAGUGACGCUGAAUGCUCUAGCAGAGCAGCCUGCUCCAUUAACAGAUAUGCAGAUGUAUGACUUGUCGUGGGAGGCAGCAACUGACAGAUUCAUGCAGGCUGCUGAGAUAAACCUUUCUGUGGCAGAACCGAGAAUCCACCAAGCUUCCAGGGCUUACUUCCCUACCUUUCUGAGGACUCGUAAACUAACACAAAGCUUAGAAGAUGCAUCAGUUUACCUGCACCAGGCACUCUCAGGGCUGGAGGUGACCCGUUGCGCCUUCGGUGCUGUUCCAAAGACGCUGCAACCUGAUGAGCAGUUGCGCAAAGAUCUUGGCUUGGCUUCUCCCACCAAGAGAAAAAGACUGAAACUGAAGCUUAUGACGUGACAGUUGUAACUUUCCUCUCGAGCUCCUAGUUGAAUUGCUUCAUUGCCAGGUGUGUACAUUAACAAGAAAUCCAGAAGAAUUAGUGCUUUUCCAUUGUUUACCCUGAUCACUGUGUGCAAGGUACAGUAUAUUGUGAUGUAGAUUGAGUGCUAGUUUAGGUGAGGGAAAUAGUCGGGUGAACAGUUGUAAUUCUUGCUUCGGUGUGCGCUUCUUCAGUUCUUUCUUAGGUCUGCUGCCUCGGUACUUUCUGUCA